ACAGGUGGCAUUUUCACUUCGGCUCGUUGUCACACAGGACAGGAGUCUUUCACUGACACUGCGCAUCGGGUUUCUGUCGAAACAGCAGCUGCUGGGGCUCCUUGCUGUGAUCUGAAUAAUGUCCUCGGAGGGUGAGGUGAAAUCACCCCAGCAUUGUGCCGCAGUUUCCAAGCAAGAGCAUGGGUAACAUUUGCGUCACAUAAAGGACCUUACAUAUAGCCUUAAUAUCUUGAAGACAUCAUCUGUGCAGCAGACUGAAGUAAUAGGUUACUCAUUUGCUCAGGCUUAGUGAUAUAUUUACUGCCGUGUGGAAUCAGACCAUACAGUUCCUCAGCUGCAGCUUAACUUUAUUUAAGAGCAGUUCUGCUUUGCUGAUGAGCUCUGCUAAGGAACCGUUCUUCAUUCAUGUAGAAGAAACCAGGAUCGGAGUGCGGCCGGCCCCCCGAGGAGGAUGGUGCUCUUCCUCGCCCUUCCCCAGGCUGCUUUGCUCCCGGUUCUCCUGCUUCUCGCCACACAAGACGGGGCAGCGGCCAAGAACAUCAACUUCUACAACCUGGGGCCGCCUGCAGACCCCACCCCUUUUCCCAGCAGCUUCAAGUGCUUCACCUGCGACCGCGCUGCGGACAAUUAUGACUGCAACAGAUGGGCUGAAGACAAGUGGUGCCCCCAGCAUACGCAGUACUGCCUGACGGUGCACCACUUCGGCAGCCGGGGCAGGAGCCGGUGGGUGACGAAGAAGUGCGCGGCGAGGGAGGAGUGCCAGGCCGUGGGCUGCCGCCACCACACGUCCACAGGGCACACGGAAUGCGUGUCUUGUUGUGAGGGAAUGGCCUGUAACGUGGAGGUCCCGACAAACCGCACCAACGCCGUGUUUGCGAUGAUGAAGUCUCGCGGUUCGUCAGCUCCCAGCGUCCGGACUUGGAGCUCCGCCUCCUUACCCCUCGCGCUUUUCACAGCACUGCUGCUGUCGUGACGGCGAGGGGUGUCGUCAGUCCAGAGUGUCUGAAGGGUCACCGUGACCAGCAGGAGUGAACUUCCGGCAGGACGAGUUCCUCGCCAACCUGUGUUGGUCGCGCGACGGCGUGCCAGCCUGCGCUGACACACCACACUAAACCUCCGCCUAGAAAACUGAAAAGAGAAGAUGGGCUUUGGUGCACAAAAUGGAAUUUAAUUUUGGCUGCAACGUAUUUAUAUGAUAGAUUGACAACAGCAACUUCCGCUGCGCAUGCCUCUCCAGAGACCUUCGUCAGCUGCUUGAUUGUCUCCCAUGCUCUUUCGUUAAGUACUAGGUGGUCAAAGAAGCAAACAUGAGCAUCUGAAGGAAAGUUUUGAAGAUGCUUUGGACCCUAUGAAGAAAGGGAUAAACUACGACAGAAUUGCAUUUCUUCAUGGGGGACUUGUCCUUUUUGUGUUGCAACUCAGUUGCAAAGUUAUUUUUUUUCUCACCCCAGUGAGAGUGUUGUUGGUUGGGGCUGUGAAUGUUGGUUUCAGCAGAAGCUUGCUGUGGAGUGAUGUGGAAACUUGGAAGCUAUCGGCUCCUACACUGGGCAGGAUCUCGCGGUGGUCCAGCCCGUUACAGGUGUCUGCAGAGCAGGAGAGGGAAGACUUCCAGCACUUUCUUUAUUUCAGAGGAAAUUCAAAUUGUUCGUGCAGUGGUACUGUACUGUAUUUUAAAAUGAGAACUGAAUGUAACUGUGGCACUAAUCGUUAAAAAAAAAUAAUAAUGCAAUUUAUUCUUUGAGAACAUCAUAAAGUAGCACCACAUGCGUUAUUAACUGGGCUCUUUAAAAUAUAUGCCAUCUAUAACUGGAGAUAUAAGGGAUAGUUCUCCUUUUGUAUUUAAACCAAAAGAAUAUAAUCCCUCUCGAUAAAGCAAUUAUUUUGGUGGUGGGAUACAUAAUGCUUUAUUGAAAACUGAUCAUAUAGGUCAAUAUUUGUAUUUUUUAAAAUAUGUAACCUUUAGUCUGUUAUUUCAAGGUCUGGUUUAGCUGACAGCUGUAUGAUUUGCUGUCACGGUGUGAAAGUGGCUUCCCCCGGGCAGGAGUGUAAUAAUUUAAUAACAUCUGGGUGAUGUUAUAUUUUAAAAGUGGAUAAGACCCAUCCACCUCACCUCUCACCCUGAUGUUGACCUCCAGCAAGCUUGUAAAAGACUGGUAAAUCACAAGAUGAAGGCCAUACCUAGCCUUUGACAUGGGACUGCAGCCUGCACCAUUUCUAAAUGACGAAGUGUGUUAGUGAACGGAUUUUCUCCGUGCUCUCUGGCUCGAUAUUACCAACUGGCUGCAGAUCUGAAAUAGAGCAACAUUGGAAAUGUUGUGCAAAUUAAUGCACAAUGUUUCCAGGUAACAACCAGAAAUUUUAGACCCUGUGUCAAGAUUCACUAGAGCUUAUUGGAGAGCUCAUUGAUGGUUCUUGCUUGGGAAACAUUGUGCUUGAUUGUAAAGAUGCAUUGAGACAGGCAUGUUGUCCUGUGCCAAGCACACAUGUAUGACUGUAGUGACCAGUGUGUUGUAUGGUCAGUCUGGUGUGACAGUGACUGCUUUUGUUUGGGAGACUUGUGAUAAUGGAGCUCUUCUGUAAUUGCUCUCGCGUGUCAGGUGUUAAAAGGUGCUACUGAAGAUACGUUGUGUGAUUUACUGUCCCGUAAUCACAGGAGUAAAUACCUAAUUUAACUUAAUUCUGGCACCAGCUCCCACUCUGUUGCCAGCCUGACUGUAUUAAAACCAUACCAAGCCCUCACUGAAUUCUUUAAAACGAUUAAAGACGCAUUUGGAUAAACA